GCUCCCUCCACGCGUUUGGGCUGGGGAUAGCAGCAACAGCAGCAGCAGCAGCAGCAGCAGCAGCGGCGGCGGCGGCAGCAGCAGCAGCAGCAGCAGAGACAGAGCAGGGUGGCAGGAGAGGAGAGAGAGGUGUGAGAGCACAACUAACAGAGCCUCGCCUGCACAAGCAUCCGUGCAGGGCGUGUGGAUGUGAUGCCCACCCGGAGAGAGAUGGUGUAAACAAACCCGCUUCGCCCCUUCACUGAGCCCCACCACGGAGGUUGCUUGCCACAAUGUUGAGCCGUCUGUUCAGCGAGGUGCUGCCGGACGUUCAGAGGCUCGCGGCUGAUUGGGUGGAGGACAAUGAGAGCGAGGACUGCAAGGCCAAGGACGAUGAGCACGAGCCCUGUGACCUCGAGGAUGACGAUCUGGACGACGCGCGGGAAGGCAGCAGCCGAGCUGAGUCUGAGUUGGCCGGCGACGACGAUGAGGAUGAUGAGGCCGAGGAGGAAGAGUGUGGAGACGAGAGCAGUGGAGACAAACCCAAGAAGCGCGGCCCAAAGAAACGCAAGAUGACGCCGGCGCGCGCGGAGCGCUCCAAGGUGCGUCGACUGAAGGCGAACGCGCGGGAGCGCACGCGCAUGCACGACUUGAAUUCUGCGCUGGACAAUCUGCGCAAAGUGGUGCCAUGCUACUCCAAAACCCAAAAGCUGUCAAAGAUCGAGACUCUGAGGCUGGCCAAGAAUUAUAUAUUGGCUCUUGGGGAGAUUUUACGCAACGGGAAACGUCCAGAUGUGGUGACCUACGUGCAGAUGUUGUGUAAGGGCCUGUCACAGCCCACGACCAACCUGGUGGCAGGCUGCCUGCAGCUCAACACAAGGAACUUCCUGACUGAACCGUGUUCAGACGGAGCCCGCUUCCACAUGCCCAGCUCUCCUUUCUCCGUCCACCCCUACUCCUACCGCUGUUCCCGCCUCUCCAGUCCGCAUUACCAGCCCGGAACCGGUGCACUCAACUUGCGGGGCCCUGCAUAUGGUUCUGGGUACGAGGCCGGGGGGGUGUACCCGCCGGGGGGGACGUCUCCCGACUACAACAGCCCGGACUAUGAAGGCCAGCACAGCCCACCCGUCUGCCUGAACGGCGGACUGUCUGGGAGACAGCAGGAGUCCUCUGAGACAGACAGGAACUAUCACUACUCUAUGCAUUACUCCGGACUGACCACAUCUCGACCCGGCCACAGCCUACCGUUUGGGCCCUCGGGUGCGCGCAGUGGUGGUUCGCACUCGGAAAACAUUCCACCUUUCCACGACGUGCACUUGCACCACGACAGGGCUCCUCCAUAUGAGGAUCUCAAUGCUUUUUUCCACAACUGAGCCCUUGGACUGGCCCAGUCAGGCUUACUGACCUUAUACUGACAAUCCUAUAACGUGUAAUAUUGUUUGGAAAACAAGAGUCUCUGAAAGGACGAGAGAUGGAAGUGAUGGAAAGAGUCCUCUGAUUACCUUCUGUAUUCUACUGAUGUCAUCCCUAUACUGUUGUACAUCCUAUCACAGUGUGUCCACUAUUAUCCUGUAUGCAGAACGAGUGCAAUUGACAUAAACGAUGUAUAGGCCCACGAGAAACAUGUUAUGACACGAACAACAGAAAUAAAAAAAAAUGUUUUAUAA